AUGUCCAGCUUCAGUGUGCACAAAGCGGCUUUGGAAGGUCAGAUUGGUCUUGCCAGAUCACUACUCAAUGAUGACCCAAAACUCAUCAAUGUCAGGGACGAGGACGGCAGGACUCCUCUUCAAUGGGCGGCUACCAUUUCAAGUCUCUCAAUGCUUCAGCUCCUGCUGAAUUAUAACCCGGAUCUGGAAGCGAGAGAUACCAUGGGCUGGACUGCUUUGAUGAUUGCGUCUGCAUCGGGACAUAUUGAGAUCGUCAAGGAGCUUUUGGACGCUGGGGCCAAGGUUGAUUCUAGCAACGAGAAAGGACAGACGUCGUUACAUUAUGCCGCUUCCAAGGGGAACGUUCCAGUUGGACGGCUGCUCAUACGAAACGGUGCCGACAUCAGUGCCCGAGACCGAGCGAAUCAACAUCCUCUUCAUCGCGCUGCUGCGACUGGCAACAACGCCUUCCUUCAGCUUUUGCUCAACCCGCCCGAGGGAAGGGCCAAGACCAGGCUGAACACUGCUGACCGUGCUGGAAACACGCCGCUGCAUCUGGCCCUGGAGAGCGGACACGGAGAUGCGGCUGUGGUGCUCAUAGAAGCUGGUGCUGAUCGUGAAAGAUCUAAUUCAGAAGGACAAGUGCCCGAAGAAAUUGAAGGCGUUGGGGGUCAAGAACAGAAGAAGGUACUGCAAUAUCUGGUGUCGAAAGUCGGGGCGAGGAAGGAGUGA